CAAAGGCAGGGGAAGGGUGAGACCUUUCAAAGCCGCCAAGUGGGCAAGCUUCCAACAGCACUCCGGACUGAGCAAGAGGCAGGGCCACCAAGCAAGCCGGCAGCAGGGCACUGGGCCUCGCGUUUCAACUUCUGUUCAGUUCUCCUGUAAUGGAAAAUUGCUUUGCACAAAGCUAGAGUGUUACAGUUUUUUCCAGCACCCAUCCCCUGCCCUGCCCAGCCCAGGCCCGCCCCUCGGCAGCCUUCAGAUCAGAAGGACAGCGUGUGCCCGCCCUCAGGAAGGUAGAAGGAGGGGAACCGUGGCUUCUUACUAUGUCCCUUGCUUCAGGCCCUGGCCCCCAGUUGUUACUCUUUUCUCUAGGAAUGGGGCUGGUAUCAGGGUCCAAGUGCCCAACCAACUGUCUGUGUCAAGACCAAGAAGUAUCUUGCACAGAUAAGCAGCUAAUGGAAUACCCACUUGACGUUCCUCUGAACACCAGGAGGCUACUCCUGGGCAAUAACAAAAUCACUAGUUUACCAGCCAUGCAGCUGGGAUUCCUCAGUGACCUUGUUUACCUGGACUGUCAGAACAACCGGAUCCGAGAGCUCAUGGAUUAUACCUUUAUCGGGGUCUUCAAACUCAUCUACCUUGACCUCAGCUCCAACAACCUAACUUCCAUCUCCCCAUUCACCUUCUCAGUGCUCAGCAGCCUGGUGCGGCUGAACAUUUCGAACAACCCUCACCUGUUGUCUCUCGACGAACACACCUUUGCCAACACCAGCUCCCUGCGGUUCCUGGACCUCCGGAACACCGGGUUGCAGAUCCUGGGACACGAUUCCCUGCACCAGCUGACAUUGCUCCAGACCGUGUAUCUAAGUGGAAACCCCUGGAACUGCACCUGUGAUUUCCUGGGCUUGGCCAUCCACUUACUACUCUCCCACACGGAGUACCCAGGCUUCAUACAUAAAUAGAAAAGCAAGACAUCCAUGAUAGAAGAAGAGAGCAAUGCUCAACAGAGAGGACCCCAGAAGCGCAGCCUGGAGCCUGAAUGCCUACCAAGUGCUAGGGCCUGGGCCAGGCACUGUGCAGACCACCGUGGAAGAGACAUACUGUGUGGAGUUGACAUUCUCAGGUGAGAGGAAGACUGUAAGCAAACAUACGUCGUGCCACCGGCAGCAACUGCUCUCGGGGGAGGAGUGUGCCUGGCCCUUAUGUCAUCAUGGCCGGGUAGAUGCUUCUGAUCAGGAGGUCUCCAGCCAGCAGCUUCUGAUCAGAGAACUGGAUAACGUGAGGAGCAAGGCAUGGAAAUGUGAAGUGAGGGGAAGGAGGGCCUUUCCAGACAUGGGGAUGAGCAGAGGCAAGGGCACUAGGAUGGGGUGCGUUUGACAUGCUAGAAGGUGAGACUGGUUGGAGAAGGGUGAAGCAGGGGAAAGGAAAGGAACGAGACAGAAGAAACCAGACAGAAGCCAGACCACAGAGCAAAUAGGCACGGAAGUACUGGGUUUUGUUCUAAUGUGACAAGGAGGCCUGGCAGGGGUUUUUGGCAGAGUACUAACAUGCUUUGUGAUUGACAGUUGGCUCCCACUGCUGCAUGGAGGAGAGGCUGUCAGGGAAGGGGGUGAGUGAGGGAGGAUGGUGAGUCAGACCAGGGUAACACUGCACAUGGUAAGAACACUAAGAAUCGAGGCCCAUAAUAGAGAAG